AUAGUCAUCUUAGAAAUUGAAAACGUAUUGCGGUUUUUAAUUUUCCUGAUUUGAAAUGACGUCAGUCAUUGAGAUUAUGUGUUAUUAGUUCUUACAUUAUAUUUUAAUAAAAAAUAUAUUUUCCGACUCCAUGUAUAGCUUGUCCUUGAGGAUGUGGCCAAUAGGUCCUGUUCUAAUGCACGCAAGGAGAGAAGCGGUCAGGCUCUGUUCCAGUAACUCGCCCAAGCCUUCAACAUUAUCCGCCUCCAAAUCAAGCUCACGCUCUCGUCUCCAAGUUGAAAAACAGAAGAGGAAAAAACAGAGGGAGCUCGCCAUACUAUCCACUCAACACCUUACAGCUGAAGAAGAUGCUAUAAAAUGGAGUGAAAAGGAGCGAAUCCUCUAUCCUGCUGAUACACCACCUGGGGCAAAGAAAGACACAAGCCUGCCAUUUCCAUCCUCAUACAGUCCAGAUUAUGUGGAAUCCAGCUGGUAUCAGUGGUGGGAGAAGGAGGGGUUCUUCAGGCCUGAGCAUCAUGACGUUCAGGAGUUUUCUCAUGCUGUGGAUCAGAACUUCUCUUUGUGUAUACCACCACCAAACGUGACAGGGACUCUGCAUCUGGGCCAUGCUCUGACUGUAGCAAUAGAAGAUGCUUUGGUUCGAUGGAGAAGGAUGCAGGGCCAAAGAGUACUAUGGGUCCCUGGCUGUGACCAUGCUGGUAUAGCAACACAGAGCGUGGUGGAGAGAAUGCUGCUUCGGGAAGAAGGGAAGCACAGGCAAGACUUCACGCGAGAAGAAUUUUUACAGGAG